AUGAGUAUGAGACCAGACGAUCACCGUCGAAAAUGGGAUAAAGAUGAGUUUGAAAGAAUAGCUGUAGAACGACUUAAAAUAGAACUAGAAGAAGAGGAGGAACGUACAAAAAAGAAAGCACCUCCAGUAAAGAGGGAGCUUCUAAAACAACGUGAAUAUAAGGUGGAUUUAGACUCUAAACUAGGGAAGAGUGUGGUUAUUACCAAAAAUACUCCAACGUCACAAUCAGGAGGAUAUUAUUGUAAUGUUUGUGACUGUGUGGUUAAAGAUUCAAUCAAUUUCUUGGAUCACAUUAAUGGAAAAAAGCAUCAACGUAAUCUUGGUAUGUCAAUGAAAAUUGAGCGAAGUACGCUAGAUCAAGUUAAAGCCAGAUUUUCAUUGAAUAAACGCAAGUUGGAAGAGAAAAAGCGAGAGUAUGAAUUAGAUACUCGACUCAGAGAGGCUGCUGAAGAAGAAGCAAGACUAAAAGAAUUACGUCGAGAAAGAAGACGUGAUAAGAAACUAUCAGAUACCAUCCAACAUCAAUGGUGUAGUGAUAAUAAUUGGGAUUUAAUGGUAAGACAAAAACGUCAACUGGAGAAUUUUGAUACUGAUGAAACAAGCCAAGAUGAGGAAGAACCUGGAUUCUGGGACAAAGAGAUGGAAAUUCUUCAAAUUCUGCUA